AUGCCAGACAGCGCCGACGGUGCCUUAAGGGCGUCAGCAAUCGCAUUGCUGCAAGCGCGGCGCGCGGGCCGCGUGAACGCCGACGACGAGGAAGCCGUGCUCACCGCCGCGCGACACAGCGGCAUUUCGGCGGCGGCUGCCGCGAUCGCUGCGCGCGACUGCGCGCUCGCGGGCCUCACAACCGACGAGCCGUUCGCGCGCCUCGCGGCGAUCGUCUCGCGCCGCUGCAACGAGGCUCCGGCGGCGGCACGCGCACAAUGCGGCCUCGCCGCGCUGCGGCUCCCGCGACGGACGUGGCGACGGCUCGGCGGCAAGGUCAGCUUCAGCGACGACGCGGCGCUCGCGGAGCUCUGGGACUACUCCAAAUCGCGCAAGAAGGUGACGCAAACACCGAGCGCCCGCGGCGGCUUCGCGUGGCCUCCUGUGUUCGAGGACCCGUCGAGGCCUCUCGUCGUCGACGCGGGGUGCGGCUUCGGCGCCCUCGCGGUCUCGCUCGCGAAAGUACGCCCCCACGUGAACGUCCUGGCCGUGGACCGCGCCGCGCACUGCCUGCUCUACGGUGACGGUCUCGCGCAUCGCCUGGGGAUGACGGGGCGCCUGCGUUUUGCAUGUGCCUCCGCGGAUGAAGCCUUGCAUUGGGUGCGCGAGUGCUACGCGGGGCCUCUUCGCGCGGUGCUGUUCAUGUUUCCGACGCCCCCAGCGCUCGACGAGCGCAGCAAAAAUGCGCAGCUGCCCCAGACGCCGUCGAAGUGCCUCGUCAACGCGGCGACGCUGCGGCUCGCGGCGCGCGCCGGGUCGAGUGAGACGUGCGUCCUCGUGGCGAGCAACGUCGAGGAUGUUGCCGUCCGGACGCGCGACCUGCUCGCGAGUCUGCCGGAAUUCCGCGUCCUCCAAGCAAAGGAGUGCGGCCUCGCGUGGCCUCGAACGCCGGUCGACGGCGACGCCGCGCUGCGGACGAAGCGCUGGGUGGAGCUCGGCGGCGCCCGGGCCGUCGGCGGGGACUUUCUUGCGGCGUCGCCUCUGCCGGCGCGGACGGAGACGGAGGGGCGGUACGAGGCAUAUGGGCGGCCGGUAUACCGCGUUGCGGGAGUUGUGUGUGUAAGGUGA